AUGGAACCCUACAAAAACUGGUCGCGCGAGGAGCUGAUCGCGCGCCUGCAGCGUCUGGACCCGCACCACGACCACCCGCGGCCUGAACCGGUCCGCCAGGCGAAGACACUCGACUUCACCGCGUAUCCGCGGCGCAAGAUCGCGCUCAAGUUCACGUACAACGGCAUCCACUAUGGCGGGAUGGAGUUCCAGCGCGACCCCGCCCUACCAACCGUCGAGGGUGUGCUGUUCGAUGCGAUGGUGCACACGAAGCUGGUGGAUCGAGAAGGCGGCUUGGACGGGUGCGGGUGGCAGCGGUGUGGGCGGACGGACAAGGGCGUGAGCGCGGGUGGGCAAGUGGUCAGUCUGUGGGUGCGGAGCAGUUCAAACGGGAAGACGAUUGCUUCGGGAAGCUCUCUGCAGUCCGUGGAGCAGCCAACGCUACACACAGAUCCCGAAGACCUGCCCGAAGACGGACCGGGACUUGAAGGAGACUUCGGCCUUAUGGGCGACUUCGACGAACCUCCAACCAAUGGCUCGAUGACCACAAAACCCGCGCCAGAGGACGCGGAAGACGACAACACCGCGUACGUGUACAAGCUGAAUCACAUCCUCCCGCCCACAAUCCGCAUCCUCGCCUGGUCGCCCGUCGCAGACGACUUCUCCGCGCGCCACAGCUGCCGCUGGAGACACUACAAGUACUUCUUCUCCCCGCACGGACUCGACCUCGCUGCGAUGUCCGACGCCGCCUCGCGGUUACUUGGCGAACACGACUUCCGCAACCUCUGCAAGGUCGACGCGAGCAAGCAGCUCACUGUCUUCACCCGCCGCAUCCUCCACGCAUCCGUCGACCCCGUCGAUCCCGCCAACCCUGAAGGCAUGCACGUCUUCAACCUGCGCGGGAACGCGUUCCUUUACAACAUGGUCCGCCACCUUAUGGCCAUCCUACUCCUCGUUGGCACUGGGCUCGAGCACCCCUCGGUCAUGACCGCGUUACUGAACGCGGAUCCCUCGCGCCCGCUCCCACCCUUCCGCGAAGGAGAACCUGCGCCCCCACUCGUCACCGGCAAGCCCGAGUACAUCAUCGCAGACCCGCUCCCGCUCAUGCUAUGGGCGUGCGGGUACGACGACGACGCGCUCGACUGGCGCAUCGACCGUGCGAAGCCCGACGCGGUGGGUGAGACCGCGAAGAGCCCGCUGCGGGGCAUGAUGUGCGCACAUGAGCGUGCCGUCCUUGGUGCCGCGCUCGAAGAGCACUUCCUGAAGGCCGCGGAGGCGCACCACGCACUCCCGAAACCGUACUUCCCCAUUGGCGGCGCGGGGGUGGAGGCGCUCACGGAGGGCGCAAUGAUGAGUCUUCCGCUAGGGGGAGGGAAGGUGAAACGCACGUCUACGUACACGCCGCUGCUGGAGAGGAAGCGCAUGCUCACGCCGGACGAGGUGAACACACGGUACCGCCUGGGCAGGGGCGCCAAGAAGCUCGAGCGAAGGGCGGCCGCGCUCGCAGGGGCGGACGACGACGCGGACGAGUGA